CGAAGCGUUCACGUUCAUGAGUGUGUGUUGCGUACGGUGGAGAUAACUUUUCCUUUUUUCAUCACGCUCUGGGUACUGCGUUCCGUCUAACUCAGUAGUAAGAUUUUUCUUCGUGAAAAUAGCCCAAGUUGUGAAUAAAUACUCAUAAGACUAAGUUCAGAAAACGGACCCGUCUGUGCCAGGGUAGAAUUCUUAGGUGGUACGAUGGAAAAGUGUUUUUGCUAAGGCACAACAUCGACGAACAGCGGAAGCCAGAUAAAUGGUCUGCAGAUAAACUAGGCGCAGCAAAUGUGAAAAACUAGCGAAGGCAGAGAAUAAAGGUGUGCUAUAUGAUACCAGGUCGUUUAUAGAUGAAUAGUAUCGCGGAAGAUGUCAUUGUUGCAAGAGUUGUAGAAUUUCGACCAUUCUGAUUAACCUUUGAAGCCCCGUACGUACUAGAUGCUUGUUUCUAAAGUGCUAAUCAACUUCGGUGCAAGUACCGACUAAUCUAAUCAACGUUCGUGUACCAGUGAGUUCUGCGACAGGCAACAGCACAAUGUGGAACACUGUUAGUGAAGACGAGCAACAGUAGGGAGGGAAGUCUCUCCGAUAUGCUUGUUUCGGAUAUAGGAAUCCCCAAAUAUCUUAUCAGUUGUAGGAAUGGCAAAUCAGUGACGACGCUUUUUGCCUUCAUCACCGAUGAGUAUUAACUGUGCAGUACGCGCUAAUCGUGUGGUAGCGACAGUCGAAUAAUUAUAACGUGAAUGUGUGUGUUCAGUGAAUGAAGACUGUGCUUCUCUUCAGAAUAAUUGUGUUACAAAAUUUACGAAACCUUUUGUUCUUGUUACUCCGUAAAAUAUACCAAAAGGGUUGAGCGUCGAGAUAUCGGUGAAUCACCACACUCAAUCAUGGUAAAAACAUGCCCGCAACGAUGAUCACCAUUGUCGAAUGUCUGGCGAUCGGAAUACUCAUUUUUUGGUGUGGCAAAUGGGUUGUGCACGCAAUGGCCAUUACUUAUGGCAAACUGAAAUUGCACAAAAAGACUAAUUCUGCGACGCAGCCACAUGAAACGCCAUAUCCUUCGGUUUCCAUCCUGAAGCCCCUCAUGGGCGUCGAUCCAAACCUGUCCAGUAAUUUGGAAACAUUUUUCCUAAUGGAUUACCCGAGGUACGAACUACUGUUCUGUAUAGAAUCGUCGGAUGACCCAGCGAUUGACGUUGUCAAUCGCUUAAGAGACAAAUAUCCAAACACUGAGACAUCGCUUCUGUUAGGAGGAUCAAAUGUUGGCGUAAACCCAAAAGUGAAUAAUCUCUCCCCAGGUUACCUGGUUGCGAAAUACGAGUUAAUUAUGAUAUCAGACGCCGGAAUUCGAAUGAAAACUGAUACGCUAACAGAUAUGGUAAAUCACAUGACCGAUCAAGUGGGCCUUGUUCAUCAAAUGCCAUUCGUUUGUGAUCGGGAAGGAUUUGCUGCUGCUUUCGAAAAAAUCUAUUUUGGAACGGUCCAAUCGAGGAUAUACCUCUGUGCCGAUUUGCUCGGAAUCAACUGCCACACAGGAAUGUCCUGUCUAAUGAGGAAAGAUGUUCUCGACGAACUCGGCGGAAUUCAAACGUUUGGUUGCUAUCUAGCGGAAGAUUUCUUUUUGGCCAAAGCCUUCCACGACGCCGGUUGGAAGCUCACCAUUAGUAGCCAGCCAGCAUGGCAAAAUUCUGGCAUUUGUGAUAUUAGCAGCUUUCAAGCGCGGCUUACUCGAUGGGCUAAACUGCGCGUGGCAAUGGUUCCCACGACUAUUUUACUUGAACCUAUGUCGGAAUGCAUCAUAGUCGGGAUGUUUGCCUGCUGGGCAGCCAAAAUACUGCUCCGAUGGAAUCCACUGGUGUUCUUUCUUAUUCAUACCUUGUUCUGGUUUCUCUCCGACUGGGUGCUGCUGUCAAUCAUUCAGAACGGAUCGCUUCCGUUCAACAAGUUUACAUUCUUCGUCGGCUGGGCGUUUCGAGAACUAAGCGGGCCGUAUUUAUUUUUUAACGCUCUUUGGAAUCCUGCUAUCAGAUGGCGAACGAGAGUUUACAAACUAGCGUGGGGUGGAGUAGCGUACGAACUUACUUCCCAAAUCCAUUCGUAGCUGAUCAGCACACAAAAUAGAUGCUCAUCAUCUAUUCUUUCUGUAUCUGUUGGUGUCUUUUGUAUAAAGUUUAUUUAAACAAAAAUAUCUGUAUAUUUUCUAAACUUUUGCUAGAAAAGUUCGCUUUAGAAAGUAAGAACAUAGAUUUAAAAAAAAUUAUUUGCUUUGGCUCGUGUUCAUCUUUUUUUUUUGUAAAUAUUUAUUGACAGCAACCAUUGGCAAAAUGGAACAAGUUUCUCUACAUUUUAGUAGUAAAUCGAUGAUAAACAAAAACAACGUGGAACGGCAAAUAAAAACGAGUCCUAGUAAA